CACUUCCUUCACGUGGCUUUUCCUGCCUCCUCUCCAACGUUCAUUGCGAGACGAAGAAGUGCGAAGUGCCAUGACUGGCCUCGGGGGGCUGAGAGAUUGCGCCACGUUGGCCAUCCUGCUACUCUCUGUGGGGGUGGGCUGCUGCCCCGACGACUGCAUGUGCACCCCUCUCGCCGACAUCGGCCAAUGGGUCCACUGCUCAGUCUCGGAGGGCGGCCCCUUCCCCUUGUUACCACCCGACACCGUCGUGCUCGACCUCCAGGGCAACGGGCUCCGCGCGGUACCGCCAGGCACCCUGGACCACCUGGCACGACUGCAGCGCUUGAAACUGAUGGGCAACCCUUGGGAGUGCAGCUGCCGCAUCCUCUACCUGAAGCACUGGCUGGAGGACCGGCGCGGCCGAGUGACGGCGACAGGCACCCGCUGCUCCCUACCCGACGGCUCCUACAGGAGCAUCCCCUCGCUGAGCGGGAACGAGAUCCCCGGGUGCCGCCGCGCCCAGGAGCCGCACUGCUUGGCGGACGUCCGGGUGCUGGGCGCCGCCCUGUCUCUCGUCCUCCUGUCUGUGGGCCUGCUGGCCUACGCUGCUGCGAUCCUUAGAAGGAUCCGCGUUGACGGGCGCCGAACGCCCGGUGCGCUCUGGUGCGCCCCCAGGAGGACAGCCGUCUAAUAGACAGAAACAAAGCGCUGAGGUUCGGCCGCUUCUUCGCACCUGCUGCUCCGCUGAUUCACGCGUGGUCACGUGGAGCGAGUCUCGACGCACUGACUCCCUUCCACAUGGCUGGUUUUUAUUUUGGGAUUCCUCCCCUGGAUUGAGCCCACAAGGCCAGCGGCUCUGCUCGCGAUGCUCUUACUCCCUGUCCACACCGACUGCCACGUUGCAUUAAUUAUCAUACAAUUGCACCGAUUGCAAAAUGCAUUUAUGGAUGAAAGGAGGAUCCGUCUCUGUCCCGUUAACAUUCUUUUCAAAUUAAUAUGUAGACUUUUAAUGCUUAACACCAUAUGCAGAGACGUACCU